AGCGGUUGGAGCAUCUGGUCCACCCACAUGGGCAAUCGCUCAAAAAGGGAACUGUUACUGGAAACAAUAGGCCUCACGGUUGGAGACAUGACACCUUUGUGCGUCUUUGCAACAGGGAUGACGGCUCCUCUACAUAGAGAUGAACAUCUGGCACUAAAAAAAUAAUAAAAAAUAAAAAUAAUAAAAAAUAAAAAUUGGCAAAAAGCUAUAAAAUCUGGCAGUGGACUAUCAAAAACCUGUAACAUAUGGCUGUGGAAUUCAAUAACCUGUAACAUCUGGCAGUGGAAUAUCAAAAAGCUAUAACAUCUGGGAGUGGAAUAUCAAAAACCUGUAACAUCUGGAAGUUGAAUAUCAAAAACCUGUAACAUCUGGCUGUGAAAUUCAAAAACCUGUAACAUCUCUGUUAUGGCAGUCUAUUUUGUGAUCCUGUACAAGAAAGCCACAUGGAGUUAGUUUACACAAAGGCAAGAUGAAGUCUCUUACCUGGAGGGCUUUAAGGCUAGUUUACAGGGACCUAUAGCUGUUUUUGUCUGCAACGCCAACCCACAGGUGGGCUGGAAAAAGGGGCGGUGAUAACACAAUAAAAACCCAUUGAAAGGGACCAAACUCUCUCUUUCUUCCCCUGGACAACAACCACACCAACUCCCUUUCAACUUCCUGUUUGGGCCUGAUCCUGAGACAACGGACUGCAGCUUCUUCUCCAUGCCUGUAUAUGUUUUGCAUACUUGCCGUAAAGGUUCCCCGAAGCUAAGUAUUUUUCAGUUGUAUUCCUUUGUGUGUUUCAUUUAUGAUAGUAGUACCUUUAAAGGAAAAUCCACCCAAAUCGCCAACAUAUCUGGCAAUGGAAUGUCAAAAACCUGUAACAUCUGGCAGUGAAGUUCAAAAAAAUGUAACAUCUGGCAGUGGACCAUCAAAAACCUGUAACAUCUGGCAGUGGACCAUCAAAAUCCUGUAACAUCUGGCAGUGGACCAUCAAAAACCUGUAUCAUCUGGCAGUGGACCAUCAAAAUCCUGUAACAUCUGGCAGUGGACCAUCAAAAACCUGUAUCAUCUGGCAGUGGACCAUCAAAAACCUUUAACAUCUGGCAGUGGACUUUCAAAUAGCUGUAACAUCUGGCAGUGGAAUAUCAAAAACCUGUAACAUCUGGCAGUGGAAUCCAAAAAUGGUUAUUUGUAUGUUGGAUAUUGGCAAUGUUCUCUAACUAAUAAUACAUAUCUUUGAAAAGGUAAGGUGUGAUAAGAGGGAACAUUAAACAAAUUCAUGGUCCUGUAGUAGCACAACAUAUUUCUGGGUGUGUCAAAGAUUAUCACUAGUAGCACUAUAAUGUUCAUACAGGAUAUAAGACUGUUGCUUUUGUGUUCCUUGUUUAAGGGUAACUUGUAUUGCAUUAGUGAUUGUCACUGGUAAUCAAAAGCAUUGCUUUUCUCGGUAAUGGUUGAUUGUAUUGCAUACAUGAUAGUUAUUAGAAAAUGAACAGCAGAAGAUCCAGCACUAUUUCUUUGCAGCUUUAUUGAAAACAAAGCACACGGAUAAAAUCAGCCAAAACACAGACGCGUUUCGAGUGCAUGCGCUCUUUCUCGGUGAUGUCACAGAUACAUCCAGGUGAGGUUAAAUACCCUUUAUUUAGGGGAGGGGAAAAUCCCGUAUUACCACCUCUCUCUGGAGACCUGUGACACAGUUCACAUUAGUAAGAACAAAAGACAUUAAAAUAUAUAAAAUCCAAAAAGGAACAUACAUGCAAUAAUAUUACAUAAUUGUUCGUACACUUGUAGGAUUUGAAUGGUACUUCCGGCAUGGACAGAGUACAGAAAGCCGCUAACCUGUUCUCAGGAUCAGGCACAACCGACAAGUCCACUGUGAAUCUAAAGGUACUUAUGCAUAACCUGGAGAAGUUGCAACUGCAGGAGACUCGGAUAUGGUGGGACUGUACAACCCUGACAAAUUAUGUAUCUAAAGAAAUCAUACCGAGAGGCCUCCGAAUUAAAAAGAUACCUACAACGAUUUUUUGCAAAGAAAUGAUAGCGGAAUGGAACGAGGCUAUCACGAUUUGCUCUAACCGCUUCAUGAAUAUUAUCAUCAAAUAUGAAUCUAAGAAAUUGGAGACACUAACUGAGGACAUCAGUAAAUUACAAAAAGACCUGGAACCAUAUAAAGGUAUGAAUACUUAUACUGAAUUAUUGAAUGUUAGAAAUGAACGUAUUGCUAAAUUGGAAGAACAAAUUAUGGAAACCAAGAAGAAGAAGAAGUUACAGAGGGACAUUGAGGGACAUAGAGACUUUGAGCUGAAACAACAGUAUGAGUGGGGAAGGUGGGAAUCAUACGAGCAUACACCUAAAUCUAUUCUAAAGAGAAAUAAAUUUCAGAGAAAACGUACACCUCCCCAUAAGGUUACAUUCAGCUCAUCAGAAAUGGAAUCAGAUGGCGAAUCGGAUAACCCCACCACUUCUAAUUCCACUCCUGGUAAAGCUACAUAUUACAAAAAAACAAAAAAAGCCAAACGCAAGGCAGAAAAUCCAGGAGGGGGGGAAACAUACCAGACAUGGACACUCCCCGCUUGAGGAGCCAAGCUCAGAAACAAGUGGUGUAAUGAAUAUGUCAAGACUUUAACCAGUGACCAAGUUUCCUUACUUUCUAGGGGGUUAAAAUGUACAUUUCACAAAUUAAUGUGUUACUAACUGACGCAAAAACGUAUAAAAAAUUGGAUCAUGAUCCUACCUCUAAAUUUAAACAGGAACUAAGUAAACUGCUAGAGGAGGGUGUAGCAUUGGGAGUCCUCUCGGAGAGAGAUAGGGAUUAUCUAUAUGUAGAACAACCCAUUAUCCCAGUACUGUACACUCUCCCUAAAACUCAGAAAGGCAUUAUUCCUCCGCCCAUGAGACCUAUCGUCUCCGGCAAUGGGUCAUUGCUGGAGCGAAUAUCCACAUGGGUGGAUCGGCUGUUACAGCCAUUAGUACAACGAGUCCCCGGGUACCUAAAAGACAUCAGAGAUGUGUUAAAAUCAUUUGAAAAUAUAGUAUGGGAUCCAGGGUUUGCAUGGCUCUCCUGCGAUGUGGUGUCAUUAUACACCUGCAUCCCAUGGACUGCUGCCAUGCAGGCUCUGGAUCACCAUCUAGUUGCAUAUAGCAACUACUCUCCUGACUUAUGUGCAGGGGUGUGGAAAUUGAAAAAAAAAACCUACUUGUCCAAGGGACUAAAGCAGAACACAAUCUACUUGUCCCUCAAGAAAAUCCACUUGUCCUGGUAGAUGAAAUAAUUUCAACCAAAAUAGUCUGAUCCCCCCCCACUAGACCACCAGGGAUGGAUAUAAGAUUCCUUUAGUCACUGCUGACAGCGAUGAUCUAAUGGUUAAUAGGUGAUCGCAGCAUGUCAGGAUAUUAGAGGCGGGAGAGCUGUAGCUCCUCUUACACCCGAGACAAGCCCAGAAAAGUCUAGAUGUAACUUUUUGAUCACCUUAUAAAAAAUUUCUCAUAUGAAGUGACCAAAAAUGAGCAAUUCUGGACAAUUUUUUACAUUUACACCGUUCACCGUACGGUUUAAUUAACAUUAUAUUUUAAUAGCCUGGACAUUUCCACAUGCAGCGAUACCACUUAUGUUUAUUUUUGUACAUUAUUUUUAUUUAAAGAAAAUUGAAAAAUUUUAUUAGGAAAGGGGCUUAUUCACAUAUAUACGCACUUUUUAAAAUAUUUUAAUCACUAUUUUUCAGUCUCAAUAGGGACUUAUGUGUUACUGGGGGGGGGGGGGGGGGGUAGGGGUUCUGCUUCUCCAGUUUAUGUGGUGCAUUUUGUGUCAGAAAAUGCUAGAAGUUGCAUUUAGUUCCUAGAUAACUACAACACCCAGCAUGCCCUGAUACAGCCUAUGGCUCUGCAGCUGACCCGAACCAAAACUACAACUCCCAGCAUGUUACACUUUAUAGUUCUACAGUUUAGGUUAUGGUCCAACAUGCAGGGAGUUGUAGUUUUGGUUCGGGCGUGUUUGUGUGCAUCCGUGGGGCUCUUGGUUGGCGGGUGAGUAUGAAGGGGGGUGGGAUUCUGGGGCUGCAAUUUAGUGUGGGUGCCACUAAAAAUAAAUAAAAUUAGAUGGCACAACUGCCCUAAUGCCCGACGUGACAGUCCACUCCUAUACAAAACAUUCAUGCAUACACAUAUCAUACAUGCACCAGCCACUGCCCCCAUAUACAUACACACACACACACACAC